AUGUCUGUCCAACAAUCCAAGCCAAAGCAGAAGAAAGUCAAAGCAAAAAAGGAUGAUGCCGGCUACGCAUCCGGGGAAUUUUCCUUGGACUGGGAUGUAGACAGCUACAAGACGGAGUACGAAAGUGAUGAGCACUGGGAUCUGCGACGCAGCUUCAUGCUGGCCCACAAAGAUCGUUUUGAGGAGGACCGGCUGGUGUGCCUGGCCCAAACGUUCGUCAACAUGGAGUUCAUGGGCUGCAAGUAUCCGAGCGCGACGAUGCUUUUGGUGGCCGAGUUGUCCAAGGAAAUCGCAGCGGAAUUCCGUCAGAAACGGGAACAGCGCCUCAAGCGCACCUUUGUCUCGGCGUCGGAUGCGGCGGAGCAGCGCGCCAAAGGGCGCCGGGCUCCACCCCUUUCCUCGGCGGGCUCCCCAGAGGAUAGCUCGAACAUAAAUCGCCAGUGUUUUGGCGGCGGAGAUCCAAUCGAUCUCUAUCAAGACCUGCGUUUCGGUCGGCUCAUUGUGUACUUGGCUGGGGGACGGUGCAGCCUGCAAAACUCCUGCCAAAUUGCGAAUGUCAAGUACGAAGAGCGUGACAGCCGAGAACAGCCAUUAAGCGAUAAUACAAAAUGCGCCGAAAUAUUAGUAAAUGAUGAGGUAAUAGCGACAGGACAGGGGGAGAGCCUUAAGGCGGCCAAGAAAGCUGCCUAUAAGCAGGCGCAUUUGACGAUCCAGUCCUAUUGCUAUAGUAUUAAGCUGAAUGCCACGCGCGACACCAUUAAGGUGGAAAAAAACAAGGACGGCGUCAACAUCAAAGUCACCAAUGAGUCCGCCGACAGUCAGGGCGAUCCCAAGUUGGACCCCAGCAACAAGGGAUAUCACAUGAUGCGUCUGAUGGGCUGGACAGGCGGUGGCUUAGGGCGACUGAAGCAGGGACGUGAAGAGCCCGUAUGUUAUCUGCUAAAGAACAAUCGUAAUGGUCUUGGAUUGAUAAAUCCAAAGGGAAAUUUCGCUGAUUACCGCAAGCUUAUAGAAAACUAUGUGAGAUCGGACGACAUACGUGACAUGCAGUUUGAGCCCACGUUUUCGAAGGAAGAAAGAACCACGCUUCACCAAAUCGCCCGAAGAUUUGGCUUGCGUUCGGCUAGCUAUGGGAGUGGAGAGAGCCGGCGGCUUUUGAUCACCAAGAAGAUCGACUAUGGCACAAUACUGACAGAGGUCCUGCUUCGGCGCAACCCCAAGUUUUGUGAUCGUUACUUUGUGCACGUGCCCAUGCAGAAGGCGCACCUGUUUCCUGGUCAUGUGGCCGACCUGGAGAUGGAUGAUGUAUGCGAAUAGGCAGGACGAACAAAACCUCAGCUCAUAGUACUCUUAUAAAAAGAUCUUCUUUAUUCUUAGUUUUAAUAUAAAGGAUGUAAAAUACAUGAAAAGUAUUUCUGAC